GACAAUCAACAUUUCCAAGUCAUUUAAAUCCACAUCAUGGAAGAAACUAUCCAAACUUUCCACCGUGUCCUCUCAGUCGCUGGGAUCAGCAUCUUCGCCAAAAACAACUGGGACUCUAAACUAUGGCUCUCCUUACAAAUCUUCAAUGUCAUCAUCGGCUUUUUGACAAUUGUCUUUACCACAGCUUUCGUAGUCAUCAACGUUUCCGACGUACUCCUCUGCAUCCAAGGCGCUUGCAUCUGGACAACUGGUCUAAUCAUGUUCAUCUCUUUCUGUGUCUGUCUAUAUUUUCGUAAGCAAUUCAGGGAAUUCCUCAACGAGAUGGGCUUCAAAGACGCCAUGUUGGAAAUGCCGUUGAUUGAAUAUGUUUUGAAAUUAGAACGGACGGGGCGCUUGAACGAGUUGAAAGGGAUGGUGGUUGACUCCCAGGAGAAAUUACUUAAACUAACUCGGGUUUUGUUAAAAACUUACGUUUUCAGUGUGUGGGCGUCCGCGACGUUGUACUUGAGCGAUUCUGUGUACAGUAUGUUCACGAGGGAAGAUGAUGAUUUGAGACUCUUGGGGUUUUUGAUGUGGGUUCCUUGGAGUCUUAAUAAUUUCAACGUUUACUUAAUAACUUACGCUUUCAACGCCUACUCUGGAUAUUUGUGUUGCAUAGCUUACCCAGGCUUCCAACUAACAAUAAUCUUGCUGGUCGGUCAGACGAUCAGACAGCUGCGGAUCCUCACCUUCAUCCUGAUGCACCUGGAUGAGCUGGUUCUGGAGAUCACGGGCCACAGGGGCAACAAGUGGCAGGUUUACUGCACCGCCAUAUUGUCGCAGUGUGUCGGCCAUUAUGUUAAGCUUAAGCGUUUCAGCAACAAACUGAAUCUGAUCUGCCGCCCAUUUUACUUGGCCCUAAUUCUCGAUGCCAUCAUGCUGGUCUGUGUGUGCUCUGUGAAGAUUGCCAUCUCCAAUAAAACGUCUCCUGACACGAUGAAAUACUACGUGCACGAAUACUGCUUCAUCAUGGUUGUGCUUAUGUUUUGUAUACUUGGACAACAGGUUGAGAAUGAAUGCGCCAGGCUAGAGACAGCAGUAACAGAAAAAUGGUACAUCUUCGACAGGACUCACAAGGUCCAUGUGCGCAUUUUCAAAAUGGCGCUGAGCCAACGAAUGCCUAUUUACAUAUUUGGGACCAUCACUUUGUCAGCGCCUACUUUUACCUGGUUUUUAAGAACCGGAAUGUCGUUCUUCACUCUAGUUAUGUCGGUGUUGGAUGAAAACUAGAAGGUGUUCAUAUGAAACAUUAUUAG